GAGCAAAAAGGAAGCUCAUCAUGGGAGGAAACCAAAGGAAGAAAGAGUCAUUCUGCUUGAUGACUGUGGUCGCCUUCAUCUCACGCCAUCUGCCAGAACACUGCUGUACUCCUGGGGCAGUGCAAAGUCCUAGACCUUGCAAGAGAGACAAUCAAAAUCAAGCAGUCUCUUCAAAUGGACAGCAUGUCUGCAGAUGUUUCUGGGUCAAGGAAUUAACUGUAACUCCACCCAAAAGAGGGAAAUGGAAGAGGUAUUUUUAACUUGGGUAAUUUUGGUGGUCUUGCUUAUGGUAGAGGUUUGCACACAGUUGGUCCAGGGCAACUGAGGAACCAGUAAUCAGUGUUGGGGAAUUAGCACGGUGUGCUAUGAUGCACAAAACAACCAGGAGGCGGAGAAUUAGACUCUUCCAUCUGUAUUUUCUCCUCAAAGACUGGAUUCUGUAAGAAACCCCCAAGAUACCUGAGAUACUCACAACUCCCACUGGAGCCUGGGGGCCCCCAGAGCCAGUCACAGAGCAGCCCAGGCCUUUGUCCCUGGCAGGAUUAAGAUAACUCUGUGCAGCUCACUCCAUGACUCAAGGCCUCCACCUCACUCUCAUGGUUUCCCCUGCUUUUGCAAGCAAUGUUUCUCAAGCCCAACAGCUCUCCACUUGCACCAGGAGUGCUGCCAGCUGGGCAGCCUGGCACCGCAGCACUGUCAAGAUUUUCAGGAUGUCUUCUCAGGGUGCAGUCUGGUACGUGACCUACAAGCACACAGCACAAGCCAGCAGGACUGAGAAAACCAGAUCUUCAUCAGGAGAACUGGAGAGAGUCUCCUUCCUGAGGACACUUGUAGCCUGCCAGGGACAGUGCUCCCUGGGUGAUGGGGAGCACAAGUGUGAAUUCCCCAAAGGGAAGACAUGAACUCAAGACUUGCCCAGGUUUAUCAGCUACAUAAUCAUCAGCAUCAUCAAUGGCUGCUUUGGAAGAGAGGCCUGAACUCCGUUCCCUGCUGAAAGUGAGAUUGGACGUCCCUUGGUCCAGAAAAGGGGUCAGCAUCAGGACAUCACAUAGCAUGUCAGCUCUGGUGUGAGCUAAGAUGCAAAUCUCUGCACUUCUCUGCUGGUCCAGCAUCCUGGGUUCCCUGCAGCGCAUGCCAGGGUAGUGCACUCACAUGCAAGCUCCCAGCUCCCUUCAUACUAGAUGGACGCCAAGAGCGUGUCAUGUUUGACAAGAUCACAUCACGCAUCCAGAAGCUCUGCUAUGGGCUCAACGCUGACUUUGUCGAUCCCGCUCAGAUCACCAUGAAAGUGAUUCAGGGACUGUACAGUGGUGUCACAACGGUGGAACUGGAUACGUUGGCUGCUGAAACGGCCGCAACCCUGACCACCAAACACCCUGACUACGCUAUCCUGGCAGCAAGGAUUGCAGUGUCCAAUUUGCACAAAGAAACUAAGAAAGUAUUCAGUGAUGUGAUGGAUGAUCUCUACAACUACAUAAACCCUCACAACGGGAAGCACUCACCAAUGAUCUCCAAAGAAACCCUAGACAUAGUUUUGGCCAACAAAGAUCGCCUGAAUUCUGCCAUUAUCUAUGACAGAGACUUCUCCUACAACUAUUUUGGUUUUAAGACUCUUGAACGCUCCUACUUGCUGAAAAUCAACUCAAAAGUUGCUGAGCGUCCUCAACAUAUGUUGAUGAGGGUAUCGGUGGGGAUCCACAAGAAUGACAUUGAUGCUGCAAUUGAAACUUACAAUCUUCUGUCUGAAAGGUGGUUUACCCAUGCCUCCCCCACGUUAUUCAAUGCAGGCACCAACCGGCCUCAGCUUUCCAGUUGUUUCCUGCUGUGCAUGAAGGAUGACAGCAUUGAGGGAAUCUAUGACACUCUGAAGCAGUGUGCACUGAUCUCAAAGUCUGCUGGUGGGAUUGGCCUUGCUGUGAGCUGUAUCCGAGCCACGGGCAGCUAUAUUGCUGGGACAAAUGGAAAUUCCAACGGGCUUGUUCCAAUGCUGAGGGUCUACAACAACACUGCCCGUUAUGUGGAUCAAGGUGGAAAUAAGAGACCCGGGGCUUUUGCCAUCUACCUGGAGCCAUGGCAUUUGGACAUCUUUGAGUUUCUUGACUUAAAGAAGAACACUGGGAAAGAAGAGCAGCGAGCCAGAGACCUUUUUUUUGCCCUCUGGAUUCCUGAUCUCUUCAUGAAGCGAGUUGAAACCAACCAGGACUGGUCCUUAAUGUGUCCAAAUGAAUGUCCUGGCCUAGAUGAGGUUUGGGGAGAGGAAUUUGAGAAACUAUAUGAGAGUUAUGAGAAGCAAGGCCGUGUCCGCAGAGUGGUGAAGGCCCAGCAGCUCUGGUACGCUAUCAUUGAGUCUCAGACAGAGACUGGCACACCGUACAUGCUGUACAAAGACUCUUGCAACCGGAAGAGCAAUCAGCAGAACUUAGGGACCAUCAAAUGCAGCAAUCUGUGUACAGAAAUAGUGGAGUAUACCAGCAAAGAUGAGGUUGCAGUUUGUAAUUUGGCCUCUAUAGCCCUGAACAUGUACGUCACUUCAGAGCAUGCAUACGAUUUCAAGAAGCUAGCUGAAGUCACUAAAGUUAUUGUCCGAAACCUGAACAAAAUCAUUGACAUCAACUACUACCCUGUGCCAGAGGCUGAACGCUCCAACAGACGCCACCGUCCCAUUGGCAUUGGUGUGCAGGGCCUGGCAGAUGCUUUCAUCUUGAUGAGGUACCCAUUUGAAAGUCCCGAGGCCCAGCGCUUGAACCAGCAAAUUUUUGAAACCAUUUAUUAUGGUGCUUUGGAAGCCAGCUGUGAACUUGCCAAGGAGCAAGGACCAUAUGAAACAUAUGAGGGUUCUCCUGUCAGCAAAGGAAUUCUUCAGUAUGACAUGUGGAAUGUCACCCCGUCUGAUCUUUGGGACUGGAAGGCUUUAAAGGAGAAAGUUGCUAAAUACGGUGUCAGAAACAGCCUUCUCCUUUCUCCCAUGCCAACUGCUUCUACUGCUCAGAUCUUGGGCAAUAAUGAAUCCAUCGAGCCCUACACCAGUAACAUCUACACACGCAGAGUCCUCUCAGGAGAGUUUCAGGUUGUGAAUCCACACUUGCUGAAAGAUCUCACAGAGAGGGGCCUGUGGAAUGAGGAGAUGAAAAACCAAAUCAUUGCCCACAACGGCUCUAUCCAGAAUAUACCUGAGAUUCCUGAUGACUUGAAGCAACUCUAUAAGACAGUGUGGGAGAUCUCCCAGAAGACUGUCCUCAAGAUGGCAGCAGACAGAGGAGCUUUCAUUGAUCAGAGCCAGUCUCUCAACAUCCACAUUGCAGAACCCAACUAUGGCAAACUCACCAGCAUGCACUUCUAUGGGUGGAAGCAGGGUCUGAAGACUGGCAUGUACUACCUAAGGACAAAACCAGCUGCUAACCCCAUCCAGUUCACCCUGAACAAAGAGAAACUCAGAGAGCGGGAGAAGGCCUCCAAGGAAGAGGAAGAGAAGGAGAGGAAUAAAGCAGCCAUGGUGUGCUCCCUGGAGAACCGGGAUGAGUGUAUGAUGUGUGGCUCCUAAUGGAUCUGCUCUGCAGUGCCAGCAAAGCCAUUCCACCUGGCUGGAGUCCUUCUAAGAUGGAAGCAUCUAGUAUAACUUCAGGAUGUAGAGGCUUGCUGGAACUGUGGCAGGAGGGGUGAUCACAGUAGUGUCUUGUAGCUUCCCCAUCCAAUUGGGGGUUGGUGCACAGGUAUGGAUAGGGUGCAUAAGAAGUUUAUAUAUUGCUUUAGUAGCUGGGCUUCCUGAAAACUUAAGUGCUCUUGCAUGGUCUUACAUUGAACCCUACAGGCAGGGCUUUUCCUGAACAGACAGGGAAAGGUGCUAAUGCCACUUACCUUAAAGAUCUGUCCUGGGGACUUCAGACAAUUCUUUUCAUUUACUAAAGACUGUUACUUGUGUCUUCAGAGAAAGAAGUGGAUCUGACUGAUAUCUUUUCCUUUGCUGUGAAAGACAGCAAGACAACGUCCCUAGGCUAGGUGUGUUGUAAGCUUGCUAUGUUGUCUGUCAUGGUGAAGGAGCAAUUUAUGUUAAGCUUAGAAAGCUGGAGUGUGUGCACAUAUGCCAGUGAGAACCUUCUCCCACCAUUUCUUACUCUCUUUGUCCCCUCUCUUUCCCCUUCCAAAAAGCUUUUUAAAGGAGCGGACUGGUGGUAGGUGCAUUGCUACCUGGAGAGUUCAUCUUCUCCAUCCAGACUGACAGGGCAGAGCGUUGUGCUUGGUAAAUAUUCCUUUUCGGUUCUUAGCAGGAAAUGGCAGAACUGCUGCAGUGCAUUUUAUUCUGUAUUAAAAACCUACUCUUAUUUAUCAGUCAGUUUUCUGGUAAUGGGCUUCCAUGCUGUCCUUGGCCAGAAAGCCUUCUGAAGUGCACACGCCAUCUUUUUUUGAGAGAGAGUUGCAUUUAUCCACCCCAGCUAGUUAUUUGAUCUUUUAAAAAUAAUACAUUUUUACUUACCCGUGUACUUAACUCCCUGCUCUAAUGUGAUGGGGCUUUAUCAUCCAGUUCUUAAAUAUUUAUUGAAUUAAUGUACAAUACAACUAACCCUUUAAUCCAGCCAAACUCAAUAAAAUGUGGAAUGUCGAAGGAAUGA